UUUUAAGUUAUUUACUUAGAGCCCCCCUUAGUUUUUCCCUGUAAUAUUUUUUCCUCAAUAAAGUUUAAGAAAUUCAAAAAAGUCACUUCGUACUGCUCGAGUGAGGAUUUCGAAGAUCGCAUCGCGAAAAGGAAGAGUGCUAUUCACUAUAAAUGAAAUGUAUCAGCCCAAAGGCGUUCCAGGUUCAAGCUUAGUCCACAACAAUGCAGCAGUGCAUAGUCAGUUAUUAGACUGUGAUGACGGCUCAAUGGAUCCGACCAGUGGAGGCAAUAACAACAGNACUGAAGUAUCCAGUAUCCUUGUGUUUACUGAUUUAUUAUACUCUUCUGAGAUUCUUUUCUCUGUUUCAGGAGCUACACCGAAAGGUGUUCUUAGAGUCAUGGGUGUACAAGGGCUAACCAUUUACCAUGUAAAAAGCCAUUUACAGAAAUAUCGACUUGCUAAAUAUCUUCCAGAUUCCUCAUCUGAUGGGAAAAAACCUGAUAAGAAAGAAUCGAGGGAUAUGCUAUCAAGUUUGGAUGGUUCAUCAGGAGUGGAAAUCACUACGGCUCUAAAGCUGCAGAUGGAGGUGCAAAAGCGACUGCACGAGCAACUGGAGGUCCAGAAACAGCUACAACUUAGAAUAGAAGCCCAAGGGAAGUAUUUGAAGAAGAUAAUCGAAGAGCAACAGCGGCUCAGUGGAGUUCUUUCAGAAGUUCCUGGUUCUGGGGUCACUGCUCCUCCAACUGGUGACAAUGGCCCAGAAUCUGAUAAUAGGAGUGAACCAGGGACUCCUGCACCAACAUCUGAGUCCCCUAAUGUUGAGAAGCAUGUAAAAGCACAUGCCCCAACCAAGAGCCUUUCUGUGGACGAAUCAUUCUCCUUGCAGCAUGAGCCUCUCACUCCAGAUUCUGAUUGCCCAGAGUCGUCGCCAAUGGAGAGCCCUAACGGUGAGAGGUCAUCGAAGAAACAAAGAGUGGCCACAAGUGCAGCCUUUGCAAAAGACGAUGUGGCACUUACACAUCAGAUAUUGGAAUCAAGCUUGAGCUCACCAUACCAGCAACCACCUUCAGUUUUUAUAACGAGGGACCAAUUUAAUCGUACAUCAGGAUUAUCUCUUGGCAUUGAGGAUCAGAAAGUUUCUGGUAACAUGUAGUUAUUCGGUGCCCAGCACACUGCUUGUGCAACAUGACUGUUUCGUCUAGUUUGUGUAAUCUCUGAUGAUAUAUGUUAUCAUUUGGUCACAGAUACCGCAUGGUUUUUUAAUAUAGUUGGUUUAAUUCUCUCUUUAA